CGUUGGAAGUGUUGGCGGAGCCAUGAGCGAGACCAGCUCGGUGGGGCGAUGCGGAGCGCUCAUUACUUGGCUGCAGAUAUUCAAUGUUCCUUCUCCAUGUGCCACAGAACAGGAUUUGGUCAGCGGGGUCACCAUUGCCCAGGUGCUGCACAAGAUAGAUCCCUCUUGGUUCAAUGAAGCGUGGCUUCUGAGGAUUAAAGAUGAUGCUGGUGACAACAGGAGGCUGAAGAUGAGCAACCUGAAGAAAGUUCUUCAGAGUGUAGUUGAAUAUUCCCAGGAUGUCUUGGGCCACCAAGUCCCUGAGCAUCUAUUGCCUGAUGUGGCCCUUGUAGCAGAGCUGUCUCACACAGCUGAAUUGGCCAAGCUACUACAGCUCGUGCUAGGUUGUGCCAUCAGCUGUGAAAGGAAGCAAGAUCAUAUCCAGCAAAUAAUGACCCUGGAGGAGUCUGUGCAGCAUGUUGUUAUGACAGCAAUACAGGAGCUGUUGACCAAAGAUUCAUCAGACACGCUGAGCUCAGAAACUUAUGGGAACUUUGACAGCCAGUCCCGAAAAUAUUACUUCCUCAGCGAUGACCUUGAAGAGACAGACGACGUGCGUCAGCGCUGUCAUGAGCUAGAGCAGCAGAUCUCACUCCUGGUGGAGGAGAAGAGUUCGUUGGUGCUAGAGAACAAAACCCUGCAGGAUCAGAAAAACUCUUUGGAGUCAGAUGUUGCCGGCCUCUCUGGCAAGAAGUUGCUUCUGCUUCAGACUCAGAUAGAGCAGCUGCAGGAGGAGAACUUCAGGCUGGAAAGUGGCAGAGAUGACUUCCGAACCCGCUGUGAAGAUCUGGAGAGGGAGAUGCAGGAGCUGCAGCACCGGAAUGAGGAGCUGACUAGCCUGGCUGAGGAAGCACAAGUGCUGAAAGACGAAAUGGACGUCCUGCGCCAUUCAUCAGAUAAGGUGGCACGACUGGAGGCCAUGGUGGACUCCUAUAAGAAGAAACUGGAAGACCUGGGUGACCUUCGACGACAGGUCCGACUUCUCGAAGAGCGGAACACAGUUUAUAUGCAGCGCACUUGUGAGCUGGAGGAGGAAUUGCGGCGUGCUAAUGCAGUGCGCACACAACUGGAGUCCCAUAAGAGGCAGGUGCAGGAACUCCACAGCAAGCAUGCAGAAGAAGCCUUGAAAGCAGAGAAGUGGCAAUUUGAAUUCAAGAACCUGAAGGAAAAGUUUGAGGCACUGGUAAAAGAGAAACAGAGGCUGAUUGAAGAACGGGAUGCCCUCCGGGAGGCCAAUGAAGAACUGCGAUGUGCUCAGGUGCAGCAAAAAUCCCUAAACCAAGCUGAUACCAUGCUAGAAGAACUUGCUUCUCCUGUGGACAACUUGGCUGCUGAGAUCAUGCCAACAGAACUCAAGGAGACUAUUGUGAGGCUGCAGCAUGAGAACAAGAUGCUCUGCGCACAGGAGUUGUCAUACCAAACACAGCAAGUGGAAUUGCAGGCCUCGCUGGAAGAAUCAAACAGGACUAAGAAUCAGCUGGAGGCCCAGCAAAGAUUGAGUCAGCAGCAAGUCUUGGAGCUCAAAACUCAAGUGGAAGAGCUGCAGAGGGCCCUUCAGGAGCAAGGAAGCAAGGCAGAGGACGCCAUUUCUUCUCUGCUGCAGAAGAAGCUGGAGGAGCACCUAGAAAAAUUACACGAAGCCCAUGCAGAGCUGCAAAAGAAGAAGGAAUGUCUUGACCAACUGGAGCCCAAAGUGGAUAGCACUACAGCUGCGAAGAAGAUUGAUGAAUUACAGCAGUCUUUGAAGAAGAAGGACGAGGAUAUGAGAGCCAUGGAGGAGCGAUACAAGCUCUAUAUGGACAAGGCCUGCACAGUCAUUAAAAAACUGGAUCCCAAGCAACAGCCAAAUGUCGUUCCCUUGGAGAUCCAGGCUCUGAAAAACCAGCUGCAGGAAAAGGAGAAGAAGAUAAACCAUUUGGAGACUGAUUUUGAGAAGACAAAAUCUCGACAGGAACAAGAAGAAAAGCUCAUAAUUUCUGCCUGGUAUAACAUGGGCCUGGCACUGCACCAGCGAGCCACAGAGGAGCGAUCAUCCACCCCUACGAAUGUCCAGUCCUUCUUGGCCCAGCAAAGAUUGGCUACCAAUGCUCGACGAAGCCAUCUAAGCAGGGCUCAGCCCUUGCUGCUCCGAUACACUGGUCCUGACAAGGCUUCUCUGUUGUCCUGAUCUGGCAAAGCCAUCCUGUGGUUCUUCUGGUGAAUGUUUUCUUUGGGCGCAGUGUUCAAAGUGGACCUAACCUGCAUCUCCUUGGGGAAAGUCAAGUGUCCAUUUCACUGUUGGAAUUUAUUCUCUGCUGCUUAAGAUUCCUCCUAGGCUAAGACUUGGUGAUUUGAGGUGUGCAUGUUGGGAUGUGAAGAAUCAUGGGCAGCAGAGGAUGAAUUUUCCCUUGCCUAUUCCCUCUCCCAGCUCCCUUCACUGCCACUCCUAGCCCAUCUCUCCUCAGGUUCUGGUUUGUAGGUGUCUUCUGCAUCUUAAGAUUUUAAAGCACUUCUUCCCUGAGGAUCUCAUCUCGUGUGGGCCAGCCAGGGAUUUCCUUGACUGCUGCAGUCUCCACCACUCUGAUGGCAUCUGUGAAGGUGCCACCAGGUUUGGUGGUUAGUGUGUACAGAUGUGACUACUUCAUUCUCAGUCCCCUAUGCUGCUUCAAAGGUAGCAUCUGCCUCUUUAUCCCUUAUUUUUCCUGCAACCACCUGCAGUGUCUGAGCCCCCCCUGCCAGAACGUUCCCUAGGUGGCUCCUGGCUCCCUUCCAAGGAGGGACUGGGCUUUGAAAAACAACCAAUACUAACUGAUUUAAGAAAUUAUGAGCACCUGCAGUCCUGCCUGUAAAUAGGUUGUGUGCACAUUGUGUCUACAGCAAUAUUUUGAGUCUGGAUUUCCCCUCUUCCUUUUUUUAAUGUGUAUUUUUUACCAGUUAGCAUACCUUCCUUUUUUGGAUUAUGUUCCCAUUCUUGUGGGAACUAUUGAGAUGCAGUAUCCUUUUAAAAUCUGUUCUUUAAAGAUUUUGAUUUUUAGUGAAAAAACCAUAGUUUUAAUUAUGUAAAUUAUAUGUUUUAUAAAGCUGUCCUACCAAUUCAGGCAGGCAUCUCUUUAUUUUUCUAUUGGAUAGACUCCUGGCUUACAAUGAUAUGGGGAAAAUAUCUGGAAUCUUUACACUGCAAAUAAAAAAUACUAACAUCUU